AUGCAGCGGCUGAAGUUGGAUGAGACAGCGCUGGACUUGUUCGCACGGAGGCCGACUCGCAGCUUCUCGACGGGUUUAAACUUUAUCGACGCGGCUACAACAAAACCUAAUGUAGGAGAAACUGGAUAUCGACCACGACAAGUUGUAGAGCUCUGUGGGGCGAGUGACACUCCCAAGACUCAAGUGCUGGAGCAUGUCGUGGCAGCUUUUCUGACUAAAAGCGCAGCAACGAGUGACCAGGCAGGGAAAGAACGCGUUUUUAUCUUCGACCAUGAAGGUGAAUUGUCUUCAACGCGGUUGGCGAAACUAGUGGCCCAUAAAUUGGCUGGGAGCAAGUGGGAGAAUGCGUUGGAGGGGGCACUGGCUAGAGUGCAGACCUGCUGCUGUCGAGACUCGUUCCAGUGGCUGGCAACGCUGAAUCACAUUCACUUUCAAUUACUAGAAGCAGCUCCAGCACCUUUGAUGCUGGUGUUCAACUGCGUGGGGUCAUUCCAUGCCAUUGACAAGAUGACAGCGAAGAGUGUCGGCGAGGGGCUAGCGCUUUCCGAACAAGUAUUUAUUUUUUUGAAACAGUUUAUCCGGCAUCACUCGCCGAUAGUUUUUGCAGCUAAGGAGACGGCAAUAUCUGCCUUCGUCGUGGACUAG